AUUCAGCGUGACUGGUCGAUUUUUUAAUAGUCCGCGACGUGUUUACAUUGCACACACAGAGUGAUGUUUUAUAACGAAUAAAACAAUAUUUGGUUUUCAGAUCAGAAAACUUAUUUUCGUGAAAAUGAAAAUUAUAUUGCUCCUCGGUUGCCUAUUACUUGCAAUGUUGCAAGUCAAUGGAGCUAAAAUUCUAAUGGUUUUCAAUUCAGUUUCUAAGUCUCAUUAUAUACUAGGACAAGCUUUAGGAAUUGGUUUAGCCGAUAAAGGACAUCAGGUCACGAUGAUAAGUCCAUUUGAAAUGAAAAGCAAACAUCCAAAUUAUUAUGAGAUAGUGUUGCAUGAAGUGAUGGCAACAUCAAAACAAACAAUUUUUGGCAACAUGUAUCAAAACCGAAAUAUAUCAUUUAUCCAAUUGAUUAAGCAAAUUCAGAUAGAUGGAUUAUUUGCUGCAAAUCUAACAUUGCAUGAUCCGCAAGUACAAAAAUUAGUGCAUUCUGGUGAAAAGUUCGAUGCUGUGAUAACAGAAAUAUUUUUAAACGAAUGCCUCUAUGGACUUGCAAAUCAUUUCGAAGCUAUUCCAAUUCACUUGUGUACCGUCGGAUCUUCUAUUUGGACAGAUUUUUUAAUGGGCAAUCCAAAUAAUCCAGCCUAUAACAUGAAUCAGCUUCUUCCCUUCACUCUGCCAAUGAAAUUUCAUGAAAGGUUGAUAAACACAGUAUUUUCAAUGGCGUUUAUGCCGUCGUUGUGGUUGAGACUUUCUGAUCAACAUGCUGCAUAUGAGAGCUAUUUCAAACCAUUGUAUAAAGGACCAAAAGAUGAGUUUCCACAUUUACAAGAUUUGUUAUUCAAUUUUUCUUUACUGCUGGUGAACGAUCAUCAUGUAAUUAGUGAGCCGAAGGCUAUGAUGCCGAAUAUAGUAAAUGUAGGAGGACUUCACAUUAAAGAGAGCCCAUUACCAAAUCAUUUGCAAGAAGUUUUGGAUGCAGCUGUGGACGGCGCAAUUUAUUUCAGUUUAGGUAGCAACGUGAAGAGUUCUGAACUAUCACAAACAACUAAAAACGCAAUCUUGAAAACAUUUUCAAAAUUAAAAUUGAAAAUUCUAUGGAAAUUCGAAGAUUCGAACUUGCAAAACAAACCAGACAAUGUGGUCAUCGAGAAGUGGAUGCCACAACAGGCAAUAUUGGCUCAUCCAAAUAUCAAGGCUUUUAUAACUCAUGGUGGUCUUCUGAGUACAUUGGAAUCUAUUUAUUUCGGAGUUCCAGUUUUAGGAAUCCCUGUUAUCGGUGAUCAAAUGAUGAACGUGGCUAGAACCGAAAAUUUGGGCUUUGGAAUCGGAUUAAAAUUAGACGAUAUUACAGAAAACACAUUGACUGAGGCUUUGAAUAAAAUAUUAUAUGAGCCAAGAUAUCAAUUGCGGGCUAAAGCUUUAUCGAGAAUAUUUCGCGAUGAUCCUCAGUCGUCCUUAGAGAAGGCGGUGAGCAGUGUCGAGUACGUAAUUCGGCAUAAAGGAGCUCGAUUUUUGAGGUCACCUGCUCUGGAAUUGCCAUGGUAUAAAGUUCUACUCAUUGAUGUGAUGAUAGCACUUUUGCUAAUAGUCACAAUUGCGUUGUAUGUGGCGUAUUUUAUUACAAAAAAAGCUUUGUGUGUUUUUAGAAAAUACUGUGUAGGAUCACAUAGUGUCUAUUUUAAGGUAACAAUGAUAAGCCCUUUCAAAUUGAACAAACCACAUGAGAAUUAUUCCGAAAUAUUUCUGGACGAUGCUUCUGAAUCUCUAUUAGCAAAAAUUUUGAACACCAAUAUCUUAACCGCUUCCAAACAACCUAUAUGGGAAAGGUUACCCAAAAUGACUCAGAUUGGCGUUGAUGGCGCCAAUAGAACAUUUUAUCAUCCAAAGGUUCAGCAACUGUUAAAAAGUGGGAAAAAAUUCGAUAUUUUCAUUAUGGAAGCAUUCUUGAAUGAAUGCUUACUUGGAAUUGCGCACCACGUGGAGGCAAUACCUAUUGCUACUAGUCCUGCUGGUUCUUCUACUUUGACGAACAAAAUGGUCGGAAAUCCUUUUAAUCCUGCUUAUGAUUUGAACUUUAUACUCCCGUUUACGAAUCCAUUAAGUUACAAAGAGAGAUUUUUGAAUACCGCAUUUAAAAUCUUGGACGAACUGUAUUAUAGGAUUCACAUUCAUGAGCAUGACAAAUUGUAUGAGAAAAUUUACCAUGAGCUUCUUGGCAAACGUCCUGAAAAUAGGCCACAUAUAUCGUCUUUAGUGACCAAUGUUUCCUUGGUUUUGAUAAAUUCUAAUGUAGUCGUACACAAUUCUCGGGCGAGCGUUCCAAACAUGAUAAAUGUCGGAGGUUUACAUAUCAAAACAGAUGCAAAAUUACCUGAGGAUUUACAAGCAAUUUUAGACAAUACGAAAGAAGGAGUGGUGUAUUUCAGUAUGGGAAGUAAUUUAAAAAGUUCUAAAGUAUUUUUAGAUAAACAAGAUGCAAUUCUUAAAACUUUUGCUAAACUUAACCAAACUGUAUUAUGGAAAUGGGAAAGUAAAGAUUUAUCUAAUAAGCCAGAUAAUGUCAUCAUACAAUCUUGGAUGCCGCAACAAUCUAUACUAGCCCAUCCAAAUGUUAAAUUAUUCAUCACCCAUGGUGGUCUAUUAAGUUCUAUCGAAGCUUUAUACUUCGGAGUUCCAUUGGUGGGUAUUCCAGUAUUUGGGGACCAACAUAUGAAUAUGGCAAGAGCUGUUGAAUCAGGCUAUGGUAUCAAACUAGAUCUAAACAAUAUCAGUGAAGACACAUUGACAGAAACAUUACAGGAGGCCCUUAAUAACCCAAGGUAUUUACAAAGAGCUCGAUAUCUAUCCAAUAUAUUCCGCAAUGAUACUCAAACUCCGAUAGAAAAGGCUGUGUCUAGUAUAGAAUAUGUCCUUCGCCAUAAAGGAGCUCCAUUUUUAAGGAGCCCCGCUGUUGAUAUGCCGGUGUAUCAACAAGCAUUAUUAGAUGUCGUUGCCGGAUUAUUAGCAAUAACUAUUUUAUUUUUUAUAAUUAUAGGCUGGUUUUUAAAAAAAAUUGUUGGCUUAUUCACACGUCCAAAGAUAAAUAUAAAUAAGAAACAUAACUGA